UACUCUUCAACGAAGAUGGCGGAGGUCACAUCAAAACCAGGAAAUCCUCUUCUCUCAACAAUGGAUGGUAUCACAACCGCCUCUGCAAAAUCAAAAUCUGUCAAGCCGUCGUCAUCGGGCCGGAGACUGACAAAGGCAAUAUGCAUAACGGUGGGGAUAGUGCUGCUAGUGGUCGUCGUGGUGAUGGUGAUUCUAGGUUUCACAGUUUUCAAGGCUAAGGAUCCUGUCAUCACCGUCGGCUCCGUCUCGCUCAAGGAUCUCGACUUCUCUUUAACCCCGCUUAACAUCAACGCUUCUCUCGACGUUAAUGUCUCUGUGAGAAACCCUAACAGAGUCGGGUUCAGAUACAACAACGCCUCAGCGCUCUUGAAUUAUGAUGGAAGCCUCGUCGGCGAAGCCCCCAUUCCCGCCGGAAGAAUUGGCGCCCGCAAGACCACGGGGAUGAAUAUCGUGAUCUCUUUAAUGGCGGAUCGGUUGCUUUUGAAUCCCCAGCUUUACUCCGAUGUGCUGUCCGGUUCCUUGCCUCUCAGCACUUACGCCAGAAUUUCCGGUAAAGUUUCUGUUCUUUUCGUGAAAAUUAAGGUGGUAUCGACUUCGACUUGCACUAUGACUGUAGAUGUUAAGAAUGGAACUCUGAAGGACACUGUUUGUCAGUACAAGACUAAACUGUGAGUCACUUUGGAUUUGUUUUUCUGUUUGGUUGCUUGGAAUCUGAUUUCGGAACACGGUAAAAUUUUUGUAUUUAUUCUUGAUUUUAUACGGGAAUAGAAUUGAUUAAUUCUAUGCUUCUUUUUUC